GAUGAAAUUAAGUACGAAAAAUGUAGCAAUUUGUUGCAGUUGUCUCAGUGCGAUGCUCGAAUUGUCCCGAAUCCGGACUAUCCUCCAGAAUGCCGAGUAGGAGAAGCCAAUCUCUAUGAUCCGUCUAAAUCUAUGGAGGUGCCAUGGUUCACAGUCGAUUUGGAUGCUCCAGCUAAGGAGCGAUUCAAGCACGUGGUUCGACCUUUCAAAAACGAGAUUCAGGCAGUUUUCGACGUUCUUGGAAACUUCUUCUCGAUAAUCCCUGGAAUUCCUGUAUGGGAUAUGCUCGGUGACCUCAUGCUCAAAGUGUUCGAAGAAGGAAUGAUUAUGGAGCCCUACAAAGACGAAGUACAAGGAAUAGCUGACGAGAUUGGUGUCAAUCUUGGUCAGCUGGCUUUUCUCAACAUCUUCUACGAGCUGUCACGUUUUUGCACAUCCAUUGUGGCACAACCGUCCGGCAACAAGGACAUGUUCCAUGCGAGAAAUCUCGAUUUUGGCCAGCUGUUUGUCUGGAACAUCGGUGCUCAAUCCUGGGAUCUCACUGACUCUCUCAAGAAAGUUACAGUCAAUCUGAAUUUCAUUCGUAAUGGGACCACCUUGUUCAAAGGGACAACCCUAGCCGGACACGUCGGUGUCCUUACAGGAAUGAAACCAAACGGCUUCUCGCUCUCGAUGAACGCCAAAGUUGAACCAGACUUGGGCAACAUAAUCCAGUGGCUUGGUGGAAAUCGCCCUGACAUCGAGUUCGCCAUGUAUUUCGACAGGAAACUCUUCGAAGAGGCGAACACCUUCCAAGUAAGUUUCACGUUUGACAGAAGCAAAUGA